GAUACGUAUUUCAAGAGAAAAAGUAAAAAUUUAAUUCAAAAAUAUCAAAAAAAUAAUAUUGAGAAAAAAUUAUGAGCAGAACAACUCUUAUAAAUGAAAACCCAAUUAUUUAUGAAAAAAACGAAAAAUCUUUAAAAGAAUGGAUUGAUUUUUUUGACGAAAUAAAAGAUGAUAAAAAAGAAAAUAACUUUCAAAUAGAAGCUAUAGAUAAACAAGAGAUAUAUAGUCUUUUAGCAAAUAUUACAGAUCCAGAGCAUCCUUUAACACUUGAACAACUUGCAGUAGUUAAUUUAGAUGAUAUAUAUUUACAAGACGAUGAAACGAAUAAAAUAAUAUACUUGACAGUGGAAUUAACACCAACUAUUCCUCAUUGUUCAAUGGCUACACUUAUUGGUUUAUGUGUUCGUGUUCGUCUUGAACGUUGUUUACCUCCAAGGUUUCGUAUCAAUGUAAAAAUUAAAAAAGAUACACAUCAGAGUGAAAAACAGGUGAACAAACAGCUAAGAGAUAAAGAACGUGUUGCAGCUGCUUUAGAAAACCAACAACUAGCAAAUGUUAUUCAUGGAAUGAUGGCUUCAUGCGUUUAAAAAUGCA